UCUGUGCAUCAGGCGAGUGCACUUCUCCUGUGUGUGCCUGACAGCUGCUUGCCUGUCUGACUUCAGGUCUGUCCAUCCCUGGGGCGGCCAACUGGCCCCAGCCCCUUCUGUGCCCUGUCUCUGGCUGCCCCAGCUCCGCUGACUCCCUCUAUGUAAGCCCUGUCUAAAUGCCCAGCUAGCCCUCAGCCCCAGGACUAUCUCAGUGGUGACUCCUUUAGAUUCUGGACUUGCACCGGACUGGACCCCUGCCCACCUUCUUAAACCCACACCAACCACCAUCACUCUGAGUCCCUCUGUGACUCCCACCCCCAGGAGGCCACCUGGUUGCCCCAGUCUGAGGAAUGGCUUUCUGAGGAGGACCUUGAAGAAGCAGGUCUGGGACACAGCAUGCCACAGGGCUUGGCUGCUCCCUUGCUCCUGCUGAUCCUCCAGGGAGCUCGGGGCUGCCUGGACCUCACCUGCUACACUAACUACCUCUGGACUGUCACCUGUGUCCUGAAGACACAGACCCUCCACCCCUACACACUUACUCUCACCUGGCAAGAUGAAUACGAGGAACUACAGGACAAAGAAACCUCUUGCAGCCUGCAUAGGUCGGACCACAACGCCACACACGUGCUGUACACGUGUCACAUGCCCUUGUCUGGAUUCAUGGCUGAUGACGUUUUCAUUGUCAACAAGAUGAACCACUCUGACAACAGCUCCCAGGAGUGUGGCAGCUUUAUCCUGGCUGAGAACAUCAAGCCAGCUCGCCCUUUCAAUGUGACCGUGACCUUCUCUGGACGUUAUGAUAUCUCCUGGCGUUCAGAUUAUUAUGAAGACCCUGCCUUCUACGUGCUGAGGGGCAAGCUACAAUAUGAGCUGCAAUAUCGGAACCUCAGAGACCCCUAUGCUGUGAGGCCGGUGACCAAGCUGAUCUCAGUGGACUCAAACAACGUCUCCCUUCUCGCUGAAGAUUUCCACAAAGACUCCACCUACCAACUGCAGGUGCGGGCAGCACCCCAGCCAGGCACUUUAUUCAGGGGGACCUGGAGUGAGUGGAGUGAUCCUGUCAUCUUUCAGACCCAGGCUGGGGAGCCCAAGGCAGACUUGGACCCUCACCUGCUGCUGCUGCUGCUGCUCCUUCUGUUCUUCUUGGUGCCCUGCCUGAUUUUCUUGGGUCUGAAGAUCGACCUGCCUUGGAGACUAUGGAAGAAGGUUUGGGUACCAGUGCCCAGCCCUGAGAGUUUCUUCCAGCCCCUGUACAAGGAACACAGUGGGAACUUCAAGAAAUGGGUGGAUACCCCUUUCACGGCCUCUAGCCUGGAGCUGACACCACAGAGUCCCACAGCAACUUCAGUCCUACAAGUGCACGACAGCUGUUCGCCCUCAUACCCAGCCAAGGAAAAGAAGUUCCUGGGGCCGCCAGGCCUGGAAGAACAGCUGGAGUGUGAUGGGACAUCUGAGCUUGGCCACUGCUGCACAGUGCUUUUGGCAGCCGGCCCAGGCCUCUCCGCCUACAGUGAGGAGAGAGACCGGCCAUAUGGUCUGGUGUCCAUUGACACAGUGACUGUUGGGGAUGCAGAGGGACCAUGUGCCUGGCCCUAUGGCUGUGGGGAUGAUGGCUACCCAGCCCUGAACCUGGAUGCUGGUCCAGAGUCUGGCCCUAAUGCAGAGGAUCUGCUUUUGGUCACUAACACCACUUUUCUGUCCUGUGGCUGUGUCUCAGGUGGUGGCCUCAGGCUGGGAGGUACCCCAGGCAGCCUCCUGGACAGGUUGAGGCUGCCCCUUUCUCAGGAAAGGGACUGGACAGCAGGCCCACCCUGGAGAACGGGGUCCCCAGGAGGAGGCUCUGAGAGUGAGGCGGGCUCACCCCCUGGCCUGGACAUGGACACUUUUGACAGCGGCUUUGCAGGAUCAGACUGUGGCAGCCCUGUGGAGAGUGAUGAAGGGCCCCCUCGCAGCUACAUACGCCAGUGGGUGGUCAGGACCCCUCCACCUGUGGACAGCGGCGCCCAGGCCAGCUAGCAUAUAAAACCAGCUGCCAUAAGAAGGGGCCAGAAGUGGGCAGGCAUUCGAGCCUGCCAUUUACAGUGUGAAUAUGUAGGUAUGUGUGUGUCCAUGUGUGGCUCGGGUGCGCGUUCCCACAUCCUUGUGUGAGAAAUGCCUGUACAUGCCUUGUGUUCACGGUCAUACCUGUGUGUGUCUGCCUGAGCUCACUGUGUACAUGCAUGAGUGUAGAUGUCUCUUAGACAUGAGCCUCUGACUCCUCCCCUGCAGACGUGCGGGGUGGCCACAGUCAGUGUCUAGAGACUGGUUCAGGUUCCUGCCCCAGGGCACUAUCACCACGCCCAGCCCUGUCAGAUGCUACCUCCAAGAAGCUAUGAAGUCCAGGCUGUUACGAUCUUCUCUCCUGGGGCAGGGAAUAGAGUGAGCCUACAGCAUCUACUGGAGUGGGAAGGUUUUGGGGGAACCUAGGGCUGUAACUGUGAACCCCAGUACAGGUGGCCCCAGGCUAUGCAUCUUGGAGAAGCCACUUCUGAACUCUGCAGGCUUCGCUUUCCUGGGCAUUAGGAAUGGUGUGGCUGCCCUGACUUAGCCCUAUGCAGUUCGCAGCCCCUUUCAGCUUUUUGACUUUUGUGGCUUUUAGGACCAGGUGUAUGCCCCGAGGAGGGAGAAUGAGAAAAGGCAGCCUAUACUCACAGCCUGGGUACAUAUGGAGAAUCCUGCCAUGGGUACUCAGUGGGAUUUUGGGCUGUGAUAUACACAGCCCGGUCCUCAGAAGCAGUACCACCAACCAAGGUUUUUUUUUUUCCUUAUUAAAAACAAAAUUCCUGUAAGUACUUAGGGAAUAUUUAUUAAAUAUCAGGCAUGGGGAGAGGGUACAGAGCGCGUUACUCACAGAACCCUCUUUAUGAUACCCAGAGUUCAGGGGACACAAGGGAACCAUCAAGAAACAGCUUCUAGGGGCUGGAAAGAUGACUCAGUGGUUACGGGCUGUUCUUCCAGAGGACCGGGGUUCAAUUCCCAGCACCCACAUGGCAGCUCACAGCUGUUCCAGGGAACCCGAAACCCAUGGCAAAACACUAAUGCACAUUAGAGAGAGAGAGGGUGGGAAGGAGAAGAAGAAGAAGAAGGAAGGAAGGAAGGAAGGAAGGAAGGAAGGAAGGAAGGAAAAGAAAGGAAGAAGUAGCUUCUGGGCACUCUGCAGCCAGUACCUGCUCUUCCCCUGCCUGUUCUUGAUGUCACGUUUAUCCUAGGGACUUAGGGAAGGUCCCCUUGCAUCCAGUGAUUCCUGUGAGCGUGCUGCGUGAGGAAGCUAAGAAGUAUGGGGUGGUACUUCUUCCUGGACGGCAGGGCGGUAUAAGAGCUAUACAGUGCCAAGAUUGCUUAGCCUUUGCUGGCUUUUUCUUUCUUUUCCCUCCCUCCUUCUUCCCUUCCUUAUCCUUUGUCCUUUUCUUCUUGAAUGGUCUGUACUUCCUACAAGGGUGCCCACCCAAGAUGUCGUAUGGUAUUGCAAAACCAGACAGGUUGGAGAUAGCAGAGUGCCUGACCUGCUCUGGACACAGUAGGAAGCCUCCAUCUUGUUUGGAACUCCAGGGUGCAGCAUUGCCGCUCAAUGGCCCAGGCAGGAAGGCUGUCUAUCUGUCCAGUCUGCAUAGCUGAACUGGAAAGAGGUCAGCAGAAGUCAGCCGAAAGCUCCCUCAGACUCAUGCUGGUGGGGACACCCAGAGAAUGCACAGAUGUCCUCAGUAUCUGACUCAGGGCUGGCUGGAAAGUUCUACAACACUGGUAGUUUGAACAGCGAGACUGCACCUAGAACCAAGGUGUGUGAGGCUCUCAGACCAGCAAAAACCACAGCUCCCUCCCUGCACGUGUAUACAGCCCCACCCUGCUGCACCCCCCCCUCCCCAGACACUUAGACUAAAAUGUGCUGUGGUUUUCACAUCCUCUGGGAGCCACAGACUGCAGGUGUUCUUGGCAGCUCUCCAGGGAACCAGUUCAGCAACGCCCCCCCCCAACCCGCAUACAGGAAGAACAUUCAGGGCUGAGGUGCUGACCCCCACCGGAUCCAUUUUUGAAGGAACACCUCAUGAAAAAAUGUGAACGCAAGGUUGGAGGCAAGAGCUAGACCACCUAGGAGUUAACAGUGGGUGGACGGGAGGGCGGUGAAAGAUUUGACGGGAUGACAGCUGGGAUGACGGCUGGACAGAGAGACAGACAGACACACUGCACAAGAGUGGGUGGACCAGAUACAAUCUAGGAGGCUAGCUGCUCUGUCUGCUCCCGGUUUUAUCCCCAGCCCUACACACAA